AUGUGGGACGCGAGGCGGGGCACGGUCGACUCGACCGCGGCCGAUGGCACCGGCCCAACGGCCGACCAAGAUUUUACGCCUCCGAACGCCGGGCCGGUGAGGUGGCGAGUCGGGCGACACGGAAAAUCGGAGGCUGACAACGACUUUUUGAGGCCAUCGGCGGCCUAG